AUCACCAGCUUUUCCUCCUAUUAUAUAUCGCUGUUUUAAUAUUGAAAAUCAAAACAAUCAGACGAGUUUUCAGCACGUGGAACAUGGCUAAAGAUUGGGAACAAUUAGGACUUAGACCACAUUUAUCUAAAAAUGAGCGAAUACCCAGGAGUUACAAAGAAGUAGAAAAAGUUCUAAAAGAUGUAAAAGCUUGUAAAGGAAGUCUAAAAACUGUAUUAAAUAAUUCCAGAUUACGUGGACCGGUAUUCAAGAAAGUAUAUUCUUUAGCAGCUAAUGUUCUCAAAUAUAGACACGUUUUAGACAGAAUAAUUCAAGAAACAGAGCUCUUGCAGAAAGAAAAUUUUCUGAGAGAAGACCUUGCUGAAAUAUUAAUAUAUGAAUUAGUCUUUGGAAAAGGUUUACCUGGAGAAAGUCGUCCUGUAACUAUAGUAAAACAAUAUGAAGAUUCUAUUCGUAAAGCUUAUGAAGAUACAAAGAAAGAUGGCAACUUAAAAGUUGAAGGAUUACAAUCCUUGCCUAAGUAUGUUCGUGUCAAUACUCUCCUCACUACAGUGUCUGAUGUUUUGAAAAACUUGAGGAAAGAAGGAUAUAAAGAAAUUUAUUAUGGAGAAAACACAUCAGAAAAAGAUUAUUUAGAUUUAGUCAGGAAUUUGGAAACUGGCAAUUUCCUAAUUGAUUACCAUUUUAAGGAUCUUCUUGUGUUUGCAAGCUCUGAGAAUUUAACUACAUGGUCUCUUUAUCAGAAACGUCAUGUGUACAUACAUGACAAGUCAAGUUAUAUACCAGUUUUUGCUCUUGAUCCUAAACCAGGAAAUGUGGUAAUAGAUGCUUGUGCUGCACCAGGAAUGAAAACCAUACAUAUAGCUGCUGCUAUGGAGAAUAAUGGAAAGAUCUAUGCAUAUGAAAAAAAUCAGCAUCGGUUUCAUAUUUUAAAAGACAUGUUGAGUCAUACUAAUAUUGAAAUCUGUGAAACUGAAUGCGAGGACUUUUAUUUGGUAAAUACAAAUGAUCCAAAGUUUUAUAACCUUGAUUGCAUACUAGUAGAUCCAUCGUGUUCUGGAUCUGGUAUGGUUAAUCGCAUGGACACUGUGACAGAUACUGAAGAUUCUAAAAAUAAAUUUCGUUUACAGAAGUUGGCUGGAUUUCAGAUUUUGCUGUUGAAACAUGCCUUAACUUUUCCAUCUGUCAAAAGGGUUGUAUAUUCUACUUGUUCUAUUUCUGAAGAAGAGAAUGAAUAUGUUGUUCACGAAGUCUUAAAUCAAUUCUGCCGUAUUUUUAAACUAGUUAGUGUGAUGCCUAAUUGGCCAAUUAGAGGAUCUGACAAUUAUGAAUUUGGAAGAUUAUGUUUGAGAGCUUAUCCUGAAGAAACCUUAACUAAUGGUUUCUUUGUAGCCAUGUUUGAAAGAUUAGAUUAUGAUGAGCAGUUAAAUAUGUCCAGACCUAUCUCAGAUAAGUCCUCUAAAAGAAAGAGAAAAAGGAAAGAAAAUUUGGAUGAAAGAGAUAAUAAUAGUAACAAUAUGGAACAUAUUGUUUCCGAAGAGCAAGACCAUCAACAGUUUUUUGAAGAGCAAAACAAUCCACCUCACAAUAUGUCCAAAAAGAAGAAAAAGGAAUAUUCUUUUGAACAUUCUUUAAACCAAAAUUGUGAUGAAACUAAAGAUGAAUGUGUUCAGUUGGAAAAUGCUAAAGUGAAAAACAAAAGGCAUGCAGAUGAAACUGAUGAUAAAUUGGAAUCAACACUUAGUUUUUCAGAAAAUGAUCCAAAUAUUUCUUCUGUGAGUAGUAAAAAUAAGAAAGAAAAAAAUUCCAAGAAAAGAGAAACUUUGCAAACAGAAGAUGGUGAAAAUAGUGAAAACAAUGCCACUGAAUAUAAGAAUACUGAUUUUUCAAAUUCUGACUUAGUCAGCUGCUUUUCUAAUCAAAAAAAGAAGAAGAAAAAGAAACAUAAAAAAGAAGUAUUUAGCUGUGAUGAAGAAGAAUAUGAUAAAAGGAAAGAUAGUACAGAACAAGUUAUCUUUGAAAAUGAAUUAGAUUUAAGGGAAUCAGAAAUAAAAACAAAAAAGCAUAAACACAAGAAGAAGCAUUCCAAAGAAAAAGUUGAAGCGCAUGAUGAAUGUAUAGCAAAAAAUAGUUAUCCAGAGUAUGAAAUGACUUCUGAGUUAGAAGAUAUAACAUCUAAAAAGAAACAUAAGAAGAAGCAUAGUAAAAAAGAAACAGUUGAGUUAAGCCAUGAAAUAUCUGAAAUUUCAGUAAAUGUUCCGAAAAAUUCAUGUUGUCGUGAUGAAGAUACAUUGGUUUCCAUUAGUAUUCAUCACAAAAAGAUGAAACAUAGCAUUUUUGAACACACACAGGAUAUGGAAUUGAGUAAUGAAAAGCUUAAUAAAACAGAACAGGAUGUUGAAGAAAUCUCUUUUAAAAAGAAGCAUAAAAAGAAAUGUAAGGAUAAAAGAACUAAAGAAGAAUAAAACAUUUUUCAUUCCAAAAUAUUUUUGAAUGAAUGAAUCCUUUAAGAUAUUACAUAUUCCACUAUUUUAGUGUGUCUUUAAUCUAGCUGUUAAUAUGUAAAUUGUUCUACUUUUUUUGGACCAUGUGAAUAAAUAAAGUAA